ACUCCGGCUACUCCACUGUUCCGCUGCGUCGGAAUCAAGAGGACUCAAAUCAGGAGAAACAAAACUUUCAACAGAAGAAAAGUUCAUGUUGGACUUUUUAAAAAGAGCUCUGAGGGCCACAUGAAGUCCAAGCUGAACAUGGACAGCUUGACCAAACCAGAGUUGCUUAUGCUGUUCAGCAUCCUGGAGGGAGAGCUGGAAGCAAGAGACAUGGUCAUUGAUACGCUAAAGGCUCAGCGUAAAGACGUCUUCAUCCAGGAACGCUAUGGCAGGUACGACCUCAGCGACCCUUUCCUGGCCCUGCAGAGAGAUGGAGAGACGGUGGGGUCCCAAGACAGCAAGGACCCUGUCUGCUCCCCGGCCACCUCCAACCCCCUGGUGGUGCUCAAACUGGUGGUGAGCCACUGCAGGAGGAUGCAGGAGAAGAUGCUGGCCCAGCUGGCUGCAGCCGAGAGCAGGCACAGAAUGGUGAUUGCGGAUCUGGAGGAGGAAAAGAGGAAGCAUGCCGAGGACACGGCCGAGGGCGAUGAUGUCACCUACAUCCUGGAGAAGGAACGGGAACGCCUGCAUCAGCAGCUGGAGUUUGAGCGCGGUCAGGUGCGGCGUCUGGAAAAGGAACAGCGGCGUAUGAGUGAUCAGCUGGAAGAGGAGCGUGCUCAGCACAAACAGCUGUCCUGCGCUUUGGCCAAAGAGUGCAAGUGGGCCAGCGCCAGAGCCCUGGAGGAGGGACACCGACUCACCGAGCUUAGCCGCAAGCUCGAAAAGGAGAGGGAGGCGUGUCAGGCCCUGAAGAAGGAGCUGGAGGAGGAGCGGAGGAGAGCUCUGAGAAUGGAGGCCCGGGUGGAGGAGCAGCUGGCUGAGUUUGACACGGAGAGAGAGCAGCUCCGCUCCAGACUCAAGAAGGAGGAGGCUCACUGUCAUCUGCUGCAACGACAGCAGGUGGAGGAGCUGCAAAGCCAGAAGAGGGAUGUCACCAUGGUGACACACCUUCAAGAGGGGGCGAGCACAUCAUCACAGGUCAAAGGUGACCCCAGCACUGAGGAAGAUGAGGAUGAAGGUCAGACAGACGUCAAUGGUCACCAUUGUGUGAUGGAGGGUUCGAACAGCUCCCCCCCACAGAAGAUCCCAAAUGGGAAUGUUUCUCCUGGAGCUCCGCUGUGUUCCUCUCCGUGUGCUUCUCCUGUCCAUGCUAAAUGCCCCCCAGGCGGUUCCAUCCCAGCAGUCGCCCCCACCCCCUCGGCAGGAUACCAGUCUCCCUAUCAGGCGGGGAUCAACCAGCGAUUCCACGCCGCUCGCCACAAGUUCCAAAGCUCCCCUGACCUGGAGCCUGCGCCCGCCCAGCUUCUCUCCCCAAAGGACGCCCCCCCAGCAAGCUCCACCUCUCCUCCACCGGAAUCCAUCCAGGUCAAGCAGAUGGCCCGCAGCACCGUCACUCAAGCACUGUCCCGCUUCACCACCGUGCAGCAGGCGCCGAAACUGGCAAACAAUUCCCCCUUCGGUACGGACUACCGGUGCCUGGCGGCCCCCUUGUCGCCCGUGGUGGGAAGAGCCACAGCGCCUCAAGGAGUGCGGUCGCCCACCAUCCCCAGGGCAGACAGAGGGAACCCUCCACCCAUCCCGCCUAAGAAACCCGGGCUGGUCCAAGCCCCCCCAUCCCCGGCUUCCCUUUCCAGGUCAGCCGGUCACUGUAACGACGCCGCCCUGUCUGGAAGCUGUGGUCUCACGUCCAGCCAGGAUGGAGUCAAAGAACUGGACGUGGUCGUCUCCUCCAACUAACCCUUCAGUUUUGGAAACACUGUUUAUACUUCAUAUGCUGUAUUUAUUAUUGCUGUAUAGAAAUAUACAUGUCGUAUGCAUAAAUACAUGAUACAGGUAGUGUUUGUCAUGUAGUUGGGCCAUAAGCAUUGUUUCAUUGUUGCUUUUAUUAAUAUAAAACUGUACAAUUUUGUAAAGAUUCCUGACUUACUAGAUUAUACAAAUAUAAUUUUAUACCUAAACGUUGACUUAUUAUAAUUAUUAUAUGCAGUCACAAGCAUGGUACAGUAUGUUACAGGUAUUUUUGUAAUUAAUAUUGUUUAAGUUGCAUAUUUGUGCCCUCAUUUGAUGACAUUCCUAUUGUGUGUAUAUGCUGGCAGGUUGAAUAAA